CAAGAGGUGCGAGCCUCGGCCGGGAGGGUUUAAACCGCGCGCAGGCGCGCGCCGCGGUUGAGAAGGCGCGGAUCUUGGUGGCUGUGGGCCGUGGAAGUUUCAGGUGGGUGGUGUCCGCAGGUGGUGAUGCUGGCGCCGGUGGGGGCGCUGAUCCUGUGUCAGGCCCUGAACUUUCCUGGGCUCGGCUGCUCCCUCCAUGAAGACAGUUAGUGGCGGGCCUUCGCGGAGGCUUGGUGCGAGCGCGAACGGAGUUUAUUCCCGGCAGAGAGCUUCGAAGGGUGCUUGGCCCGAGGUCGGCGCACGGAGGGGGUAGCCCCUGUCGUUACUGCCGCGGCGUCCCCCGAAUCAGUCCGCUUCACUGCAUCCCCACCGCCCCUGCCGCCUCACUCCCGGGGUCGUCUCCAAAUUGUUCACCCCCAAUUAGGGAACGUCGUGUACUAAAAGGAACUAUGUCUCAGGAAGGCGAUUAUGGAAAGUGGACAAUAUCCAGUAGUGAUGAAAGUGAAGACGAAAAGCCAAAACUAGACAAGCCCUCUACUUUUUCCCUCCCUCAUGCUGGGCAGGGAGCAGCAAAUGAGCCAAGAUACACCUGUUCUGAGGCUAGGAAAGCUGCCCAUAGAAGGAAAAGAUCACCCAUGAAAUUCAGCAACGCAGAUUCAGUUUCAGAAGUUUCACCUCCCAAAAGGCAAAGGAGUGGUUCCCAGGAAGACCUGGGUUGGUGUCUCUCUAGCAGCGAUGAUGAGCUGCAACCAGAAACCCGGCAGAAGCAGGCUAAGAACAUUGUGGUCAAAGAGGAGAGAGGCAUCUCUUCUAAAGACAGUGCUGCCCAAAGACCUGGAAAUCCCACCCCUCCUGCACACCACAGGCUCGAGGAGGAGGAAGAGGAGUAUGAAACUUCAGGGGAAGGCCAAGACAUUUGGGACAUGUUGGAUAAAGGGAACCCCUUCCGAUUUUACCUCACUAGAGUCUCGGGCAUUGAGCCAAAGGAUAACUCUGGAGCCCUCCACAUCAAGGAUAUUUUAUCCCCUCUAUUUGGGACGCUUCUGUCUUCAGCUCAGUUUAACUACUGCUUUGAUGUGGACUGGCUCAUAAAACAGUAUCCACCACAGUUCAGGAAGAAACCAAUCCUGCUUGUGCAUGGAGAUAAACGAGAAGCCAAGGCUCACUUAAAUGCCCAGGCCAAGCCUUAUGAAAACAUUUCCCUCUGCCAGGCAAAGUUGGAUAUUGCAUUUGGAACACACCACACGAAAAUGAUGUUACUGCUGUACGAAGAAGGCCUCCGGGUUGUCAUACAUACCUCUAACCUCAUCCAUGCUGACUGGCAUCAGAAGACUCAGGGAAUAUGGUUGAGCCCCUUAUACCCACGAGUUGUCCACGGAACCCACGGAUCUGGAGACUCGACAACACAUUUUAAAGCCGAUCUUAUCAGCUACUUAAUGGCUUAUAAUGCUCCUUCUCUCAAGGAGUGGAUAGAUGUUAUCCACGAGCAUGAUCUCUCUGAAACCAAUGUUUAUCUUAUUGGAUCAACCCCAGGACGCUUUCAAGGAAGUCAGAAAGAUAAUUGGGGACAUUUUAGGCUUAGGAAGCUUCUGAAAGAGCAUGCCUCAUCCAUACCUAAAGGAGAGUCUUGGCCAAUAGUAGGUCAGUUUUCAAGCAUUGGCUCUAUGGGAGCUGACGAAUCAAAAUGGUUGUGUUCGGAGUUUAAAGAAAGCUUGGUGACCCAGGGGAAGGAGAGCAGGACCCCAGGGAAAAGUGCUGCUCCCCUCCAUCUGAUCUACCCUUCUGUGGAAAAUGUGCGGACCAGCUUAGAAGGCUAUCCCGCUGGUGGCUCUCUUCCCUAUAGCAUCCAGACAGCUGAAAAGCAGAAUUGGCUCCACUCCUAUUUUCACAAAUGGUCGGCUGAGACAUCUGGCCGCAGCAAUGCUAUGCCACAUAUUAAAACUUAUAUGAGACUAUCUCCAGACUUCAGUCAAAUUGCCUGGUUCCUUGUCACAAGCGCGAAUCUGUCCAAGGCCGCCUGGGGAGCAUUAGAGAAGAAUGGUGCCCAGCUGAUGAUCCGUUCCUAUGAGCUUGGGGUCCUUUUCUUGCCAUCAGCAUUUGGCCUGGACAGCUUCAGAGUAAAACAGAAAUUCUUCUCAGGGAGCAAGGAGCCAACAUCCUCCUUUCCUGUGCCAUAUGAUCUUCCUCCAGAACUGUAUGGAAGUAAAGAUCGGCCAUGGAUUUGGAAUAUUCCUUAUACCAAAGCACCAGAUACACACGGGAAUAUGUGGGUUCCCUCCUGAGAAUCUUAAAGUACUGUGGAAUUUAGGUUUAAGGCAUCAAGCCCCAAAUAUUAGACGUUGUUUGUACUGGACGUUCACCCUUAAGUUUUACCUACACCCCUACAAAACUGCAAAACUCACUCCUGUGAACAUGGAUGCUGGUUAUACUUUUAACGGUCAUUAACAGUGUCACUAAAAAACAAAAAAAAAAAAAAAAAACCCUCACUUUUCUAAACUUUGGAAUGAAAACUGGACAGCGUUAAGAGAAUAUACGUAAAAUCAUCCUCCGAGCGAUGUGGGAUCUCACGGUGGUGCCAGCUCUUCUGAAGAUGGACUCUGUCGCGCUCCAUCGAGAAAGGCGCUCUGGAUUCAGACGCAACUUGUCAGGGAAGAAUGUGAUUGUCCGCUUAUUACCCAGCCCGCAGCUGUGUGUCUCAGGGCUGCCGGAUGUGCGUCUGCGGGGGUCCGUGGUUGGCGGAGGUUGGGGCGGCUGCUGUUGAGACGCCUGGGUCCUGCUGCCUCUCGUCUCCCCUCAGCCUCACGGGGCUUGUCCUGCUCCCGGUGCUGUGCCGGCCCCCUCUCUGCGCACGGGCGGGUCGCGCUGCCCCUUACCACCUGCCCUUUCCUCGCCCAUUCCUCCGAGUGGAGCGGUGUCUCUUUCAUCCCCACAGAAUUCCAGAAAAGACACACAGAACCAUACAAAAGUACAAGUAUUGUACUUGGAGGAAACCCUGAAAGAUGACCUAAUUUGGUGCCUUUGAUUCACAAGUGAGGAAACUGAGGCCCAGAAAGGUUCAGGAUGACCCCCUCCCCCCCCCCCACCACCACCACACCCCCAUCACAUAGCUGGUUUGGGUCAAAGCUCGGAGGGUCUCUCUCUGCUUUAUGUUCCUAUGUCCUUCAUACUUAGAAAUCAAGUUCUCCUAAGAUGUAGACCCUCUUUUAUUUUUUUUCUACAUGAGGCUGAUUUCAUUUUGUCACCACCUCCAUCUUUGAAGCGUGUUGAAUGUUAAUUUUGAAAGAUUUUUGAAGAUAGCUUUUCAGACCGUUCCUCAGAGGCCUACGAUUUUCACCUUUAGGAGCCAGCAGGGUGGGCGGGGGUGCGUUGACAGAGAAGACAGCUGCGGGCCUCCACCCUCGUCCUGUCAGAGCAGCUCUGCUUCGCCUAUUUUAGAUUGUGGGAUUCUGUCAAGGAUAUUAUCGACGGGUGUGUGCGUGCACGUGUUCUGCUUUUUAAAAAGUUGAAAAGCCAUUGGUUAGUUUAACCAGUUCAUUACCCAGGUAAGAAGACGAAGGCUUAACCCUUUUCUGACCAUGCCUUCUACUUCCCAGAACAUGCAAAGCCUACAUCACGUGAGCCGGAAGGCAUUGGGAAGGCACCCGGGGCUGGCCUGGAGUGGGUGGCCGGCGGUCUGUGUGUCCAGAGGACUGGCUGAGGCGCCUGGCUGGCUCAGAGGAGCGUGGGGCUCUUGGUCUUGGAGUCAUGAGUUCAAGUUCCAUGUUGGCUGUACAGAUUACCUAAAUAAAACUUAAAAGCAAAAAAAAAAAAAAAAAAGAUGGGCAAAGUACCCCAGGAUUCUCACCAGCAUGGUGGUCCCAUCCUGGGUGGGGGUGGGGGCAGCACCGAGCAGGCCUCUGUCAACAGGAGCGGUGUCCCCAGGACUGAAGAAUCAGCCUGUUCUACAGCGGGAUUCAGCCUGGGCUGUGUGGGGUGGGUUCAGCCCAUCAAGAGGGCAGCAGAUGGACAGCGGUCACAGCCCCCUGCUAGGAGGCACUGUGUGGAGUCAGACACGCAGGCACGUCGCUCGUCUGUCUGCUCCGUGUAACUGCAAGGUGUGUGGGAGCUCAGAGCUGGGCUGGGACUGCCGAAGUUUGAAUCCCAGCCCUGUCACUUGCUGUGUGACCUACACCAGGCUGUUUAACUUCUCUGUGCCUUGGGCCCCUCUGCUGUAAAAUGGGAGUGGUGUCAGUCCUUGCAGAGGGUUGAGAGUGGGGAGUUACUACUAUGUGAAGAUGCUUGGUGCCCGCACAGAGCAAGAACUGUCCAGGGAUUGCUACUGCGGCUGCCAUACUUGAUUCGUUGGCACUAUCUUCAUUUUCCUGAUAAGGGACUCAUUCAAAACGGUGAGGUGUUUGUGCAAGGUCACACUUCCAGAAAGUGCUCUUACCAGUAUUUGAACCCGGGGCUGGCAGGAUCCAAGUCCUCUUUUCUGCCAGGUGGUUCAGGCUUCCGGGUAACAUGGCGUCUGAGGAGAUGGGCAACCUUUACCCCCCAGGGUGUUGUAGACAGAUCCUCUUACAGAGCACAACCAGCUGGUACGGCAUGUCAGAUUCUGAUGAAAGUUUCUAAAUGCUCACUUAUUUUCUGUGUGUGUAUAUACGUAUAUGUAUAUGUGUGUAUAUAUAUAUAUAUAUAUAUAUCGUUCUGUAUAUGUGUUUCUGGUUCAUGGGCCAUACUUAAGGUAACAUUCCUCCACACCCCACGGGGACCCAUAAGAGCCCAAUGGAAACAAGUUCUAUAGAACAGGUGGGUAGGUACAUCAAGGUAACAUUAGGGGAAGUCCAUAGUCAAGGGUUAUGCACUCCAGGUGUCCAGGCCUGACUGCUAACAGCAGCCUCCUGUGCCCCUUGUCCUGGUCAGCAUGGGCUCAGGGAAGGCAGGCCAGCUUAGGGUCAGUAACAUGAGCUUUCUGGGCACAGUUGAUGGCACACAUGGAAAAUAAUGCCCCAAGAGUAAUCAACAUGGGAACACAAAAAAACACGUUCUAUCCCAUCUGUUCCUUUUUUUAAAUGGGACUGACUGAAUUGCCCAAAGUGCUACAAAAAAGCAUCAAACAUGCCUGUUAAUGUUUGAGGAAACCCACGUUGGGGUUUAACAGUCCUUUCUCCCUGCCUCGAGGAACCCUCACCCCUAGUGCCUGCCUGUAGCUGCCUGCUGCCUUCAUCCUUUUCCCCCACCUCCUCCAACCUCCUUCAGAUCGCAUGGCAACACUGUGACUAUAUAUCUGCUGAGGGCAAACAUCCACAUCAAAAUGCAACUUCCUGUCUUUUCAUAAACUUCUAUAGAUUUAUUGACUUAUCAAAGAGUUCCUCAGGGCACCAGGGUGGUUCAGUUGAGCAUCCGACUCUUGAUUUUGGCUUCUCCUUUUACAAAGGUGGAGAUGUAGCCUAAAGGUCUAAACGAGAUUUUGAUUCCCGAUGAUGAAUGUCAACAGAAUAUUCUGAAUGCUUGAGCGUUUAAAGAGACCUAAAAAAUUUUGAGGCAGAACAUAGCCCCUGCACAUAGCAACCUAGGAGAAGUCACUUGCCAUUUUGGCAGGAAGGUUCCGUGUCCCCUUCACCUCCGACGUAUUCCUUUAGGAUGAAAAGAAUGGUCUUCCACCAGCUGCUUUCAUGGGGUGACGGAGGGAGAAGGUUUUUAAGUCCUCACACUUCUGGAAAAGGCUGCCUGCGUUUAACUAUAGUUGAUGUAAAUCAGGCUUACAGGUCACUGAUGGGCGGCGGGGUGGGGGGGGUGCACCUGGGUGGCUCAGUCAGUUAAGCAUCCGACUUUGGCUCAGGUCCCGAUCUCACCGUUUGUGAGUUUGAGCCCCGCAUUGGGCUCUGUGCUGACAGCCUGGAGCCUGCUUCAGAUUCUGUGUCUCCUCUCUGCCCCUCCCCCGUUCACAUACACACUCUCAAAAAUAUUACAAAAAUUUUUUUAAAGUUCAUGUAUUUAUUUGCAAGGCUGUCAUUUUCCCACGUAAUGUAAUAGCCAAUGUUUCCUGAGCUCUUCCUGCCUCCACUCCUAUGCUUGCUUUAUAUUUAAUCCUCACGCCCUUACAUUUAAUCCUUCUGUUAAAUAACAUCCAUAAGGUCCCGCAGUGCAGUGGAGCCCAGCUUUGUUAUCCUGGGUUCUUGUGUAGAAGUUCUGUAGUUAUCCUUAACAGAACUUCUGUGACUUCCAAUGAAUAUGGUUUCUGCAUCAGAUUCAGUAUGUGAAAACAAGGAUCUUCUAUGUGAUUUUGUCACAACUUUUUUCCACAUAAGAUAAAAAGUUUACUCUCUAGGGAAAUGACAGUAGUCCAUGUGAAACCAUUUUUGGAUGAUCUGGGUGUUUGAUUCAAAUCUUAGGACAUUUUAGUUUCUCAUAACUGAAAAAUCAGCUGUAACUCCUUGACAAUUCAAGGAAGGGAAUUCCUUGAAAAUGCUUGCUUUUAACUGAUGGAUACCUCAAAAAAGUUAGGCCUUCUUUAUUUACAUUCACAAAAUGUGACAAUUGCUGAAUGAUAUGACAAAGUAUGGUGGCAAAAGUCUUCGGCAUAAAAAAAAAAAGUCUGCAGGAACUCAAACUGGCAAAACUAAAAUAGCCUGUUGUAUAGGAUUAAAUCUAAAAUUCUGUUGACAGUAUGCUAUAACUACACAUGCCUAGAUACCAUUAUAAAAUUUUUGACAAGUUUUCCAAA